AUGCUAACCUUCAUAUGUUAUAGUCUUCUGUAUCACUUGAAUAUUUCUUUCUUUCUUUCUUUCUUUCUUUCUUUCUUUCUUUCUUUCUUUCUAUCCAAAAGUCUUUGUCUUCUGUAUCACUUGAAUAUCUUUCUUUCUUUCUUUCUUUCUUUUCUUUCUUUCUUUCUUUCUUUCUUUCAUUAUAAUAAUCAUUCUGUCCAAAAGUCUUUGUCUUCUGUAUCUUCCUUUUCUUUCUUUCUUUCUUUUUCUUUCCUUCCUUCUAUCCAAAAGUCUUUGUCUUCUGUAUCAUUUGAAUAUCUUUCUUUCUUUCUUUCUUUCUUUCUUUCUUUCUUUCUUUCUUUUCAUUAUAAUAAUCAUUCUGUCCAAAAUCUUCUGUAUCACUUGAAUACCUUUCUUUCUUUCUUUCUUUCUUUCUUUCUUUCUUUUCAUUAUAAUAAUCAUUCUUCUUCUGUAUCACUUGAAUAUCUUUCUUUCUUUCUUUCUUUCUUUCUUUCUUUUCUUUCUUUUUUUCAUUAUAAUAAUCAUUCUAUCCAAAUCUUCUUUAUCACUUUCAUACCUUUCUUUCUUUCUUUCUUUCUUUCUUUCUUUCUUUCUUUCUUUCUUUUUUCUUUUCAUAAUAAUCAUUCUGUCCAAAAUCUUCUGUAUCACUUGAAUAUCUUUCUUUCUUUCUUUCUUUCUUUCUUUCUUUCUUUCUUUCUUUUCAUUAUAAUAAUCAUUCUGUCCAAAAUUUCUUUGUCUUCUGUAUCACUUGAAUAUCUUUCUUUCUUUCUUUCUUUUUUUCUUUCUUUCUUUUUUCUUUUCAUUAUAAUAAUCAUUCUAUCCAAAGUCUUUGUCUUCUGUAUCACUUUUCUUUCUUUCUUUCUUUCUUUCUUUCUUUCUUUCUUUUUUUUUCAUUAUAAUAAUCAUUCUUCUUCUGUAUCACUUGAAUAUCUUUUUCUUUCUUUCUUUCUUUCUUUCUUUCUUUUUCUUUCUUUUCAUUAUAAUAAUCAUUCUAUCCAAAAUCUUCUGUAUCAUUUGAAUAUUUCUUUUUUCUUUUUUCUUUCUUUCUUUCUUUCUUUUCUUUCUUUUUUCAUUAUAAUAAUCAUUCUGUCAAAAAGUCUUUGUCUUCUGUAUCACUUGAAUAUCUUUCUUUCUUUCUUUCUUUCUUUCUUUCUUUCUUUCUUUCUUUUCAUUAUAAUAAUCAUUCUGUCCAAAAGUCUUUGUCUUCUGUCUUUCUUUCUUUCUUUUUCUUUCUUUCUUUCUUUCUUUAUAAAUAAUCAUUCUGUCCAAAAUCUUCUGUAUCACUUGAAUAUCUUUCUUUCUUUCUUUCUUUCUUUCUUUCUUUUUUCAUUUCAUUAUAAUCAUUCUUCUCCAAAAGUCUUUGGUAAUUCAUUCUUCAUAUGUUAUAGUCUUCUGUAUCACUUGAAUAUCUUUCUUUCUUUCUUUCUUUCUUUCUUUCUUUCUUUUCAUUAUAAUAAUCAUUCUAUCCAAAAUCUUCUGUAUCACUUGAAUACCUUUCUUUCUUUCUUUCUUUCUUUCUUUCUUUCUUUCUUUCAUUAUAAUAAUCAUUCUGUCCAAAAUCUUCUGUAUCACUUGAAUAUCUUUCUUUCUUUCUUUUUGCUUUCUUUCUUUCUUUCUUUCUUUCUUUUUCAUUUCAUUAAUAAUCAUUCUGUCCAAAAGUCUUUGGUAAUUCAUGCUAACCUUCAUUGUUAUAGUCUUCUGUAUCACUUGAAUAUCUUUCUUUCUUUCUUUCUUUCUUUCUUUUCUUUCUUUUUGUCUUUGGUAAUUCAUGCUAACCUUCAUUUUUAUUCUUCUUAUCUUUCUUUCUUUCUUUCUUUCUUUCUUUCUUUCUUUCUUUCUUUUCAUUAUAAUAAUCAUUCUGUCCAAAAGUCUUUGUCUUCUGUAUCACUUGAAUAUCUUUCUUUCUUUCUUUCUUUCUUUCUUUCUUUCUUUCUUUCUUUCUUUCUUUCCAUUUUAAUAAUCAUUCUAUCCAAAUGUUAUAGUCUUUGUUUCUUUCUUUAUCUUUCUUUCUUUCUUUUUCUUUCUUUCUUUCUUUUUCAUUUUAAUUAUAAAUCAUUCUGUCCAAAGUCUUUGGUAAUUCAUGCUAACCUUCAUCAUAUCUUUCUUUCUUUCCUUUCUUUCUUCUGUUUCUUUCUUUCUUUCUUUUCUUAUAAUAAUCAUUCUUCCAAAAGUCUUUCAUUUUCAUAUGUUAUAGUCUUCUUCUUUCUCUUUUCUUUCUUUUUAUUUCUUUCUUUUUCUUUCUUUCUUUCUUUCUUUCUUUCUUUUUUUCAUUAUAAUAAUCAUUCUGUCCAAAAGUCUUUGUCUUCUGUAUCAUUUGAAUAUCUUUCUUUCUUUCUUUUUCUUUCAUUUCUUUCUUUUUCUUUUUUCUUUCUUUCUUUCUUUUUUCUUUCAUUCUGUCCAAAAGUUUUGUCUUCUGUAUCACUUGAAUAUCUUUCUUUCUUUCUUUCUUUCUUUCUUUCUUUCUUUCUUUCUUUUCAUUAUAAUAAUCAUUCUGUCCAAAAGUCUUUGGUAAUUCAUGCUAACCUUCAUAUGUUUCUUUCUUUCUUUCUUUCUUUCUUUCUUUUUUCUUUUCAUAGUCUUCUUCUUCUGUAUCACUUGAAUAUCUUUCUUUCUUUCUUUCUUUCUUUCUUUCUUUCUUUCUUUCUUUCUUUUCAUUAUAAUAAUCAUUCUAUCCAAAAUCUUCUGUAUCACUUGAAUAUCUUUCUUUCUUUCUUUCUUUCUUUCUUUCUUUCUUUCUUUCUUUUCAUUAUAAUAAUCAUUCUAUCAAAAUCUUCUGUAUCACUUGAAUAUCUUUCUUUCUUUCUUUCUUUCUUUCUUUCUUUUCUUUUUUUUCAUUAUAAUAAUCAUUCUGUCCAAAAGUCUUUGGUAAUUCAUUCCUUCAUAUGUUAUAGUCUUCUGUAUCUUUUCUUUCUUUCUUUCUUUCUUUCUUUUCAUUAUAAUAAUCAUUCUGUCCAAAAUCUUCUGUAUCAUUUGAAUAUCUUUCUUUCUUUCUUUCUUUCUUUCUUUCUUUCUUUCUUUUUGUUUGCUUUCUUUCUUUCGUUUGAUCUUUCUUUCUUUCUUUCUUUUCAUUAUAAUAAUCAUUCUUCUUCUGUAUCACUUGAAUACCUUUCUUUCUUUCUUUCUUUCUUUCUUUCUUUCUUUCUUUCUUUUCAUUAUAAUAAUCAUUCUUCUUCUGUAUCAUUUGAAUAUCUUUCUUUUUCUUUCUUUCUUUCUUUCUUUCUUUCUUUUCUUUUCUUUCUUUUCAUUAUAAUAAUCAUUCUGUCCAAAUCUUCUGUAUCACUUGAAUAUCUUUCUUUCUUUCUUUCUUUCUUUCUUUCUUUUUCUUUCUUUUUUCAUUAUAAUAAUCAUUCUGUCCAAAAUCUUCUGUAUCACUUGAAUAUUUCUUUCUUUCUUUCUUUCUUUCUUUCUUUCUUUCUUUUCAUUAUAAUAAUCAUUCUAUCUUUCAUGCUUUCAUAUGUUAUAGUCUUCUUUCCUUUCUUUCUUCUUUCUUUCUUUCUUUCUUUCUUUCUUUCUUUUCAUUAUAAUAAUCAUUCUUCCAAAAUCUUUUCUUUCUUUCUUUUCUUCAUUCUAUCUUUGCUAACCUUCCUUUCUUUCUUUCUUUCUUUCUUUCUUUCUUUCUUUCUUUCUUUUCAUUAUAAUAAUCAUUCUGUCCAAAAGUCUUUGUCUUCUGUAUCACUUGAAUAUCUUUUCUUUCUUUCUUUCUUUCUUUCUUUCUUUCUUUCUUUCUUUCUUUUCAUUAUAAUAAUCAUUCUGUCCAAAAUCUUCUUAUCACUUGAAUACCUUUCUUUCUUUCUUUCUUUCUUUCUUUCUUUCUUUUCUUUUUUCAUCAUUAUAAUAAUCAUUCUGUCAAAAUCUUCUGUAUCACUUGAAUAUCUUUCUUUCUUUCUUUCUUUCUUUCUUUCUUUCAUUAUAAUAAUCAUUCUUCUUCUGUUAUCUUUCUUUCUUUCUUUCUUUCUUUCUUUUCUUUCUUUUUUUCAUUAUAAUAAUCAUUCUGUCAAAAGUCUUUGUCUUCUGUAUCACUUGAAUAUCUUUCUUUCUUUCUUUCUUUCUUUCUUUUUUCUUUCUUUCUUUCUUUCUUUCUUUCAUUAUAAUAAUCAUUCUUCUUCUGUAUCACUUGAAUAUCUUUCUUUCUUUCUUUCUUUCUUUCUUUCUUUUCUUUCUUUCUUUUUUUUCAUUAUAAUAAUCAUUCUUCAAAAUCUUCUGUAUCACUUGAAUAUCUUUCUUUCUUUCUUUCUUUCUUUCUUUCUUUCUUUCUUUCUUUUUCAUUAUAAUAAUCAUUCUUCUUCUGUAUCACUUGAAUAUCUUUCUUUCUUUCUUUCUUUCUUUCUUUCUUUCUUUCUUUCUUUUCAUUAUAAUAAUCAUUCUAUCAAAAUCUUCUGUAUCCUUCCUUUUCUUUUUUUUCUUUCUUUCUUUCUUUCUUUUUUUUUUCAUUAUAAUAAUCAUUCUUUCCAAAAUCUUCUGUAUCAUUUUAUCUUUUCUUUUCUUUCUUUCUUUCUUUCUUUCUUUCUUUUUCAUUAUAAUAAUCAUUCUAUCAAAAUCUUCUGUAUCACUUUAUCUUUUUUUCUUUCUUUCUUUCUUUCUUUCUUUUUUCUUCUUAAUCAUUCUGUCCAAAGUCUUUGUCUUCUGUAUCACUUGAAUAUCUUUCUUUCUUUCUUUCUUUCUUUUUCUUUCUUUCUUUUCAUUUCAUUCCUUUUUCUUCCAAAAUCUUCUGUAUCACUUCCUUCUUUCUUUCUUUCUUUCUUUCUUUCUUUCUUUCUUUUUCAUUAUAAUAAUCAUUCUUCUUCUGUAUCACUUGAAUAUCUUUCUUUCUUUCUUUCUUUCUUUCUUUCUUUCUUUCUUUCUUUCUUUUCAUUAUUAAUCAUUCUUUCAUUAAAUAAUCUUUGUCUUCUGUAUCCUUUCUUUCUUUCUUUCUUUCUUUCUUUCUUUCUUUUUUUCAUUAUAAUAAUCAUUCUUCCAAAAGUCUUUGUCUUCUGUAUCUUGAAUAUCUUUCCUUCUUUCUUUCUUUCUUUCUUUCUUUCUUUCUUUCUUUUCAUUUUCAAAAUCAUUUCUGUCCAAAAGUCUUUGGUAAUUCAUAACUUCAUAUGUUAUAGUCUUCUUAUCACUUCCUUUCUUUCUUUCUUUCUUUCUUUCUUUCUUUCUUUCUUUUUCAUUAUAAUAAUCAUUCUGUCCAAAAAGUCUUUUGUCUUCUUAUCCUUGAAUAUCUUUCUUUCUUUCUUUCUUUCUUUUCUUUUCUUUCUUUCUUUUUUUAUAAUAAUCAUUCUGUCCAAAAGUCUUUGUCUUCUGUAUCACUUGAAUACCUUUCUUUCUUUCUUUCUUUCUUUUUCUUUCUUUCUUUCUUUUUUUCAUUAUAAUAAUCAUUCUGUCCAAAAAUCUUCUGUAUCACUUGAAUAUCUUUCUUUCUUUCUUUCUUUCUUUCUUUCUUUCUUUCUUUUUUUCAUUAUAAUAAUCAUUCUUCUUCUGUAUCACUUGAAUAUCUUUCUUUCUUUUCUUUCUUUCUUUCUUUCUUUCUUUUUUCAUUAUAAUAAUCAUUCUUCUUCUGUAUCACUUGAAUAUCUUUCUUUCUUUUUCUUUCUUUCUUUCUUUCUUUCUUUCUUUCUUUUCAUUAUAAUAAUCAUUCUGUCCAAAAAUCUUCUGUAUCACUUGAAUAUUUCUUUCUUUCUUUCUUUCUUUCUUUCUUUCUUUCUUUCCUUCCUUUCUUUUUCUUUCUUUCUUUCUUUCUUUUUUCAUUUCAUAAUAAUCAUUCUGUCAAAAGUCUUUGUCUUCUUAUCCUUCCUUUCCUUCUUUCUUUCUUUCUUUCUUUCUUUCUUUCUUUUUUUCAUUAUAAUAAUCAUUCUGUCCAAAAUCUUCUGUAUCCUUGAAUAUUCUUUCUUUCUUUCUUUCUUUUCUUUCUUUUUUCUUUAUAAUAAUCAUUUGUCCAAAGUCUUUGGUUUCAUUCCUUCAUAUGUUAUAGUCUUCUGUAUCACUCUUUCCUUUCUUCUUUCUAACUUUCUUUCUUUCUUUCUUUUCUUUCUUUUGAAUAUAUUCCUUCUUUCUUUCUUUCUUUUUUUUUUUUCAUUAUAA